UUGGACAUUAGUCCAUAUAGUCCAUUAGUCCAUAUAACUUUUUUUGGACAUUAGUAAAAAAAAAAAAAAAAAAGGAAAGAAAGAAAAAGAUCUAAUUGGAGGGAGAGGGCCACUCUAUAACUUCCGCCCCUGAGAUUACAGCUUGCAGCUUCUCUCCUCCUCCGCUGACUCCACCUGGGGAGGUUUAAAGGCCAUGAGACACCUGAGACGCCUCACUGUGCUCAGACAUCUUACACUCACCUGUUUCACUUCUCUGCCUCUCACUCACUCAGUUGUUCAUUCUUUGCUCAGCACAGCCUUUCAUCUGCAAGUCUUCUGUUUUAUUGAUUCAUUUCUCUGUAACGUUUACUCUCCUGUUUUCCACCAUCUGCUCUUCUUCCUCCAUCCAUUCAUAUCUUCCAUCUCUGCACCCCAUCAUCUCCGCCUCCACCAUGAGUCUGAGUCGUACCAAGCGGAUCAGCUCCAGUAACUCCGUCCGGAGCAGCAGUGGGUCGAGGAGGCUGAGCGGUUUCGGUCCAGUUCAGGGGGGGUUCAGCGGCAUCUCCCUGAGCAGCAGUUCCCUCUAUGCUGGGACCAACGGGCACCACCACGGCCUGGGCACCCCUCUGGCAUCCCUGUCGGUCAACAAGAGCCUGCUGGCGCCCCUCAACCUGGAGAUCGACCCCAGCCUGUCCAUGAGCCGAACCCACGAGAAGGAGCAGAUCAAGAGCCUCAACAACCGCUUUGCAAGCUUCAUAGAUAAGGUGCGUUUCCUGGAGCAGCAGAAUAAGAUGCUUGAGACGAAGCUGGAGCUGCUGCAGGGCCAGGGGGUCGGCCGAUCCAACGUGGAGCCCCUGUUCGAGGCCUACAUGGCGGGUCUGAGGCGUCAGAUGGACCUGGUCAACAACGACAAGAUCAAACUGGACGGGGAGCUGAGGAACAUGCAGGGCCUGGUGGAGGACUACAAACACAAAUACGAGGACGAGAUUAACAAGAGAAACAAUCUGGAGAACGACUUCGUCAUCCUGAAGAAGGAUGUAGACUCAGCCUACCUGGUGAAGGCCGACCUGGAGGACAAGGUGGGAUCUCUGACCGAUGAAAUCAACUUCCUGCGCAACAUCUAUGAGGAGGAGCUGCGUGAGCUGCAGGCCAGCAUCAAAGACACCUCUGUGGUGGUGCAGAUGGACAACAGUCGCAGCCUGAACAUGGAGCAGAUCGUGGCCGAGGUCAAAGCUCAGUACGAGGAGAUCGCGGCCCGCAGCCGAGAGGAGGCAGAGGCCUGGUACAAGAGCAAAUUCGACCAGAUGUCGGUGCAGGCGAGCCAGUACGGAGACGAACUCCGCCUGGUGAAGGGAGAGGUGGCCGAGGUCAACCGCCUGAUCAGCCGACUGCAGAGCGAGAUAGAGGCCGUGAAGGCGCAGCGUGGCAGUCUGGAGAACCAGCUGGCUGAGGCGGAGGAGCGAGGAGAGCUGGCGGUGAAAGAAGCUAAAGCUCGGACCAGAGACCUGGAGGACGCACUGCAGAGGGCCAAGCAGGACAUGGCCAGGCAGCUCCGAGAGUAUCAGGACCUGAUGAAUGUGAAACUGGCUCUGGACAUCGAGAUCGCCACCUACAGGAAGCUGCUGGAAGGAGAGGAGGACAGACUGGGACAGCAGUCCAUCCUCAACAUCCAGGCCGUCUCCAGCAGCAGUAAUAAAAGUACUAAUGGUUACCACAGUAACAGCAGCUCUCCGGCUCCAAGGCUGCUGAUAAAGACGACUGAGACCAGAGACAGCAGCAGAUACAGCAUUCACUGAGAGGACACACACACACACACACACACACACACACACACACACACACACACACACACACACACACACACACACACACACACACACACAGGCAUGCGUGCAGUGGUGGAAUGUAACUAAGUACAUAUACUCACAUUACAAUAUUGUACUUUAUACUCCACUACAAUCUUAACUUACUAGAAUCACUUAUUAAUAUACAAUCACUGCAUUGAGUACUUUUAUUUUUAACACUUGAACUACAUUUUCCCGAUGAUACUUUUUUACAAAAGUAAUAUUUUGAAUGCAGGAUUUUUACUUGUAAUCAUGUAAUUUUACUGCGUGGUAUUAGUACUUUUCCUCAAGAAAAUUAUCUGAGUGUCUCUUCCACCACUGCGCACACACACACACACACACACACACACACACACACACACACACACACACACACACACACACACGUCUACACUUUUAUUUUUUAACAGGUGUCGUCUGUGUGCAGGCAGGUGUCAUAUAAUUACUAACUUUUACUUAGUGGUGAAUAAUGAAAAAAUAAAAUCAUUUAUUCAUAUGAACAUGGAAAAUUAAUGAAUUGGAAAUAGAACUGGGAUGUUUUUGUGUCUGAUAUGAUUUUAACAACAUAAAGAUUAUAACGUGUUAACUGUAGUUUAGUUAUACCCAGUAGCGUUGGGGGCCUUUAACCUUCUUUGGUUCUUAACCAACACUGAAGUAGACGUUGUAUUAUUUUCUGUGUUCAAUUAAUCUGUGGUGAGAUUAUUAGAAUAUAAGAAUAUUGUAGUUUUUAAAAUCAUUUUGGGGAUAUUCUGUUAUGCAUUUUACAUCCAACACAGUUUUGUGUCUUUUCCAGCUCAGUUUUUUUACUCUGGAGGUGUUUUUGUUAGAACGUACUUGAUGCUGUUAUCAGAUAAACUCGGUGUUUUAAACUACAGAUGUCAUGGGGUUUAAAUGUCUUUAUUACUUUACUGCCAUUGCAUUACAAAUAAAGUGAACAUUAACUAAAAGGA